AUGACCAGAUUUGAGAACCAGACUACUUCGGGCUACGCGUACUUCACGAAGAGGCAAGAAUUCGAGAAGUUGGAGCAUCUCAAGGAUGGAUCCUUCGCCGUGCGGUGCGACAUCAUAGUCAUCGGCGACAUCCACGUGGAGGAGACAGUAGUAGUGGCCACAGUGUUAGGCUCCAUCGCCGUGCCGGCAUCCGACCUGCACCAGCACCUCGAAGACCUUCUUCGGGCCGAGAAGGGCGCCGACGUGGUGUUUGACGUCGGCAGCCACACCUUCGCCACGCACCAGUGCGUGCUCGUGGUGCGGUCGCCGGUGUUUAGAGAGGAGCUCUUUGGCUCGAUGAAGGAGAGCGACGCCGCCACCGACGUCGUCCGCGUAGACGACAUGGAGGAGCGGGCGUUCAACGGCCUUCUCCACUUUGUGUACACCAACAUGUUCCCGGAGACAUCAAAGGAAGAGGAAGGGGAAGAGUACGGCAUGGAGAGGCUAAAGUUGAUGUGCGAGGACAAGCUGUGCAAGUACAUUGAUGUUGGCACGGUGGCAGCAAUACUGACGCUAGCUGAGCAGCACCAUUGCCAAAGGCUAAACAAGGCGUGCUUUGAGUUUCUUAGCUCUGCCGCGAAUCUGAGGGCGGUCGUGGCAAGUGAUGGCUUCAAGCUUCUGACCAGUAGCUGCCCCUCUAUUAUGGAGGAGUUCAUUGUCAUGCUUGGCAAUCUAGUUCCGUAA